UUGUUUUCGGUUCACUUGGCGAUAAGUACGUAAUUUAGUGUCGUAUUGACCGAGGUUGCCUUAAUAGAUAAUCUUUUAUCUGCCUAUUAAAUAAUGACUCGACUCCGCGGUCGGUGUCCACAGGCCGGCUCAGUUGAGCGUCGGACGCGCUUUCGAACAUAUCGUUAUAUGCUGUUAACAUUGCACCUUCCAAAUUGACAUGCUGAUUUAAUCUGUGACAAUUAGCAGACUGUUGUAUACUCUGUGGUUGAAAGUGACGCUAACCGGCCAGUGUUAUUAAAAUUAAUUGGUGUUUAAAUAGUGGACAGUGUUCAGUGAUUGAGUGAGUUUUGACGAUAUCUGAGGAAUGCAGUGAAAUCAGCUGCGGUGUUUUGGCAGGGGCGAGCCGCGCGUUGCCAAUAUGCCUCGCUUCAAGCAUGAGGUCGCGGCGGCGCUGUGGUGUCCGCAUGGAAGGCAGGCGGAUAGGUGAGACCGCGCUGCACAAGCAGGCGCAGCACCGCCGCGGCCGGCGCGCCCCGCCGGCAUGGAUCGCGCGCGCCGCCCGUCGCCGCCGGAGCCCGCGCAGCAUCGGCCGCUCCAAGGAGGAUCCGGCCAAACCCAGGCAGAGGCCCCGCCACCGGAGGCCUUAAGCGAACCAGAGACUUUGCGGCUCGCCCCGCGCGCGCUCCCCUCCAUACCGGAGAGCGAACCUUUGCUUACGUGCGUCAAUGUCGUCAGUGAGAAUGUGCCGCGCAAACCCGUAGGUCGGUUACAUGUGCAGUUCGACGCGCAGUCGCCGCUCGCCGCCGGCUCCGUUUCCGGCUCCAGCUCUACCUCGAGCUCCGAUGAUGAGGAGCUGUCGAUCGCCGAGGCGCGGCCCCCGGACGGCGGCUGGGGCUGGGUCGUCGUCUUCGCGUCCUUCAUGGUCAACCUCAUCGCCGACGGAAUCACGUUCAGUUUUGGAGUCUUCUACCCGCAUUUCUUGGAGUACUUCGGCGAGGGUAAAGGCAAGACGGCCUUGAUCGCAGGAAUAUUUAUGGCGAUGCCCCUUCUGUCGGGCCCGAUAGCUAGCUUUUUGACAGACAGAUACGGAUGUCGUCGAAUGACGAUUUUUGGAGCCAUUUUGGCAUCUAUUGGAUUUGUUAUAUCGGCAUUCGUCGAUAACGUGGAAACGCUGUUCCUCACUUUCGGUAUUAUGGCCGGCUUCGGACUGAGUUUGUGCUACGUGGCGGCCGUCGUCAUCGUGGCCUAUUAUUUUGAGAAAAAGCGCUCUUUAGCUACCGGUAUAUCGGUGUGCGGCAGCGGGAUUGGAACGUUUAUAUUUGCGCCCUUGACGCACAUCUUACUAGAAGAGUACGGAUGGCGCGGCACGACGUUGAUUUUGGCCGGAUUCUUCUUAAACAUGGCCGUCUGCGGUCUACUGUUCCGCGAUUUGCCGUGGACCGCGACGAUGAACGAGGAAAGAGCGAAGGAGAGAAAGAGAAAGAGGGAACGAAAACGAAACAAACGCCUGGCGGCUUCAGCUGACAGUUUUUCGGACAGCAAGAGUAGUGCGGGGGGCUCGACGAAAGUAGCCGAGUCCGGAGAUAUAGAGACGGUGUCGUCUCCCAUUGUCCCUCAAUUUAGUUCUUUAGUUGAUCUACCGACGUUCAUGACGGGCGGGGAGGGCGUGUCCCUCGAAGUAUUCGAAAUGAUGUCUAAUAAAGGCCGCGCGUACGCGAUAAUGGCGCAGAACUACCCGGGGAUGAUGCUACCUUCGAGGAGCUUCAGCGACAGCGGCCGAUUGCACGAGCAAUCACCGCCACGAGCUCUAAUGUCACCGGGCGCCGCGUCGCCGGGCGCCCUCUCCCCGUUGGCAGCACCACCUCCUCCGGAGAACACCAGCAAUUCUGUGCCUCUUGGGGACAAGGCGGCCGUGGCGCUCUGGCUGCGACGACAAGCAGGUGGCAGUACCAAAAAACCUCCAGCGUUUUUAAAAGACUUGAGAAUACACCGGCAUUCCUUAACAUACAGGGGUGCUAUGCUGAACAUAAAUCGAUACCGGCUGCGAGCAUCGUCGUGUCCUAACAUCUUCAGGAAUUCCAUGACUACUAUUGCCAAAGAAAAAGUGCAAUGGUACGCUGGUCUGUGGGACUUUUGGGACCUGGCGGUGGACGUGCUGGACUUCUCGCACUUCAAGAACCCCGCGUUUCUGGUGUUCACGCUGUCCAACUUCCUGCUGUACAUGUGGUAUGAUGUGCCCUACGUGUACAUCGCCGACAGCGGCAUCAGCCUCGGCUUCAACGAGUCACAAGCCUCUAUGCUCAUCUCUAUAAUAGGAAUACUUAAUAUGUUCGGCGAGAUCCUGCUGGGCUGGGUGGGCGACUGGGAGUGCGUGAACGCGAGCGCGGUGUACGCGUGCUGCAUGGUGGCGUGCGGCGCGGUGACGGGCGUGAUGCCGCUGCUGCGCGGCUACGUGCCGCUGGCCGCCGCCGCGGGCGCCUUCGGGGCCUCCAUCGCCGCCAACUACUCCCUCACCUCCAUCAUACUGGUCGAGCAGAUCACCCUGGAGAAGUUCACCAACGCGUACGGCCUGCUGCUGCUCAUACAGGGCGUUGCUAACCUCGCCGGACCACCGCUCGCCGGGUGGAUCUACGAUAUGACGAACUCGUACGACCUGUCGUUCUACUUGGCGGGCGUGUUCAUAGCGCUGUCGGGCGUCGUGUUCACCGUCCUGCCGGCCUGCCGCCGCCUGCGCAGCCCCCGCGCCGCCGCCACCACCCCCACCGCCCCCAGCCACGAACACAACCUCGCCAACGGACAGAUUAAAACCAACGGUAAGCUUCUCGUAUAACGACAAUACUAUCAGGGAAUCUGUCAGUGAUACACAAACAGUAGAACCUCGAUAACUUAAAAACCUCUAUAAAUUCAAAAAAUAAUAUGUUCCCUUCCCAUCAAAGCUCAAAACCUCUAUAACUUAAAAUACAAAGGGGUUCCUUUAACUUAAAGAAGGAAUCUCUGUAUUGGCCCUCAGUAACUUAAAUAAAUUGUCAAUGAGUCAUUUUGAACGAUUGCAGAACAAAAGGUUUCGGUAUUUAUUGCUUGCACAAUAGAGCAAUGUCACAACAUAAAUGAUAAUGUAUUCUCUCUGUUUGUUAUUGAAAAUCAAAUAGAUUUAGAAACUGUGAAUUGUUUAAGACAAAAUAUAAUCACAAACUUUUUUAAAUAGACUAAACCUGUAAUAUGAUUAUGUGAAUUUUGAAAUUUAGUAGGUAUAAUAUAAUAAUAUUUAGUAGGAAUAUUCUGGUAGGUAGGUAUGAUAGAUACUGACAUCUACCAAUCCUACCUACCACUAUAUCAAUCUCUAACUUAGACCCUCGAUAACUUAAAAUAUCUUGUGUUUCCCUUCGACUUUAAUUAUCGAGGUUCUACUGUAGUUACAGUUUGAAAGUUUUGUACACGAGACAACGGAACAAUAACUAAAAGAACAGUUUUAAAUGUAUCUAUAUGAAAAAUGUUGAAUAGUACAUAUCUUUUUGAUAUUAUUCCACUGCUAAUUGGUUAUUUGUAAAAGGUGGAGUUUGUCUCGUUGCAAGAAAUAAAGCCUUAUGUAAAUGAAACACUGCGAGUUUCCACAACUGUACAAAGGAUAAUAUUAACAUUGUAUCGCUCUUAAAUAUCUUGAAUAACCAAAUAAUGUAUAGAGGUUUUUAAUGGCUCGGAAUAUCUCAGUAAAAUGCUAUGUAGAGCCGACAAUAUAUUUGAAAUGUACUAUACGAAUCUAAACUACAGAUAUGCUAGUUGGUACUUUACUUUACUUACUGCACUAAGAGACCGACUCUGAGUGCGUUAGUAAAAGUGUACUUGAGUAACCUAAAGGGAAAUUGCCCUAACAAAUAUUAGAACAUGCUAUCUCUGUUCUUUAUAUAAAGUUUGAUAGAGAAGGAAUAAGCCUAUACUUGGCAAAGUUAACUUGAAUACUUGAAUUUAAUAGAAAUGAGAAAUUAAAUACGUCUGGCAAUGUCUCUUAGGGCCUAAUUCUGACAUAACACAAUAACACUGUAAACUCCAAAUUCCAUUAAAGUUUUGACACUUGUCAGAUAUGACGGUCGUACGUCUCUGACUAAACUAUCGCACAACUGUUAUGGGAUUGUAGAUUGUUUUGUAGCCAAUUCGACUAUUUAGUUGCAAAACUAAAAACCGAGUAGUGUACUUCCAUAU